GAACUCCUCAACACCCUUCGAGCAAUCUUGCGCCUACGCAUAUUCGACAAGACGCUGUGCCUGCACCACGCGAUUUAAGGUGCCGGAGCCACCAUGUCUUCAGAGGGCGGCUCCGCGCAGCCGCCCGCCGGGGGUACUGAUAAAUCUCAUGCCCUAAAACCGGCGCCAGGUUUCAGUUCCUUCAUCAACAAGAGUGGCGCGGGCAAGAAGUUUGGACCGAAGGCGAUACGUCGAAGACCUGCACCACCAGCUGCUAGCACAAAGGCAGCGGCACCAUCCGAUACCCAAGAAGCAGCCGAGAACGAAGCUCCUCCAGACUCACUGCCUGUCGAAGACACCACCACACAACCCGUAUUACCUACUCCCGCCGCUUCCCAAGGGACGGCUGUUCAAGAUGUGCCUAUUGUUCCUCCAACUGCCGAGCCCCUGCCGACCAUACGCGGCCCCAUUCCCACACCAGAAUCUACGCCCUUGUCGACUGAAGAUGCGAGCAAUGUUCCAACAGAGGUACCCUCGGAGGCACCUAGUGAUCGUCAAGCCGCGGAAGAGUUGGAACCUGAGCGGCCAGCUAAACGACGAAGGACGGAAAAAGCAGCCACCAAGGAAACAGUCAUAGAAACUACAGAACCAGCUCUGGAAUCCUCGACCGCAGAUUCCGAAUCAACCAGACCCGAAGAUGUGCCUGUUCAAUCUAGAGACGAUAUACCAAUUGAUCCCGCGCUUGAACCUACUGCUGGAAAAGUAACUGCGGCGGGCGGGAAUCAGGUUGUACAAGAAGAGUCGCCUACAACCCGACGACGACGGACAUUGCCAUGGCAGGCUGUAAAUAAACCAACAGUUGAAGAAGAAAAUGAAGAGACGGGCGCAGGCGAAUCUCAGACAGAGGCACCGGCAGAAGAGACUAGAUCUAGGACAAGGGCCAAACCAAAACCAAAACCGGUACGUCGCCGAGGGAAGAAGCAGGAUGCUGGAGCAGAUGCAAAUGGAGCGGAUGUGAAUGGAGAGGUCGUGAACCCAGAGGAAGAAGCAGAUUCAGCGCCACCCGUAGCCCCAAAAACUCGCAGGACCAGAAAGACGAAAGCUGCAGCUGCCACCCAAACUCCAGAUGGCGAAGCACAGGAAGGAGAAUCAGCAGAGCCCCCAGCUCCCAAACCCAAGAAGAAGCGGGCCCCGCGAAAGAAAAAGAGCCCAACAGCAGAAUCAGGCACUCGCGAAGAAGCCGACGGCGAAAACCAGGACCUCCCUCCCUCUCAACGGCGUCGUGCCGAACGCGAAGCCACACCCUCAGAUGCCGAGGACCAAAUGAUAGACCCUGGAGCCACAUUCAUGGACAAUCUCGCAUCCCGCAACAUCAAAAUCGGCAGACUCUCCCAGCGGGAACGAAAAAUGCGCGAAAUCAACUGGGAAGAAGUACGCCAGCGGCAACGAGCCGAAGAAGCCCUCGUCACCAGCGCCGAAGCCCGCAACGCCGUCGACGCAGCCCUAAACGAAGCCGGCGAAGCCCGCGACGCAACCACCAACAUCGGCAGCGGGCCGCAACUCCAACUCAUCAACGGCCAAAUGGUCCUCUCAACCAACAACAACGGCGUCCGCGAGUCCCAACUCGACGCCGAAAUCGACAUGAUGGAAGAAAUCCAAGAAGACGACCUCACCACCCGCAUCACCAGCCGCUCCUUCAUGAAGAACGACAAGCGCCACCCGCAGGAAUUCAUGCUCCCCGGCCAAGGCAAGCGCUGGAACGCAGAAGCCACAGAGCACUUCUACGCGGGGCUCGCCCGCUUCGGCACUGACUUCAUGAUGAUCUCUUCCCUGUUCCCGGGCACCACGCGCCGGUCUAUCAAAACCAAGUUCGUCCGCGAGGAGCGCGAGAACCCAGCCCGCAUCAAGCAGGUCCUCAACGCGCCGCGCCGCAACAACGACUGGGAAAGCUACCUCACGCACUCCGGCCGCACCAACGACGAGUUCAAAGACACGGACAACAUCAUGCGGGAGCUCGCCGAGGAGGAAGCACGCAUGCGCAUCGAGAUCAACGCCGCGAAGGAGGUCGCAGAAGAAGAACGCAAACAGCGACACGCGGCGGGUAUCUUCAGCGACAACGAAGACGGAGGCGACAAGGAGAACGGGAAGAAGAAGGGCCGCAAGAGGAGGGGCCAGCAAGCUGCCAACGUGGGCGGCUUUGCGCUUCGACCCGGAGAGGAGAUCGUGGAUGAUGACGAGAUGCCUGAUUUUUGAGACGAUAUACGCUGUUUAUGCUGCUGGGAUCUUUUUCCCGUUUUUCCCCCACUUGUUUUACGCCUUUUGUACCAGAUAUAUAUAUGACAUGAUACCCAAACCUUCUAUCUAGACAGACA